AACCAUGGCAAACAAGCACUGUGGGCUGUCAUGUACCUCUGUUCAACAACCUUUUAUAAAAGAACACUAUGCAAACAUGCACAGCCAAAAUUCAGCUACAAACCUGAGCUACAAGUUAUGACAUGCAAGUCUUUACACUGCAUAGACAUGUCGAUUUUAUAACUCACUCGUGUUUAUUAGAGCGUACCAACAAAGGAUGUAGUUACAAAACAAACUGGAGCGAAAAUGCAUGCGUUUAAAAGUGAAACAAAAAAAGAUCUGCGUUCGAGCUGAAUCACAACUGGACGCAUGUUGAGAUCUGACUGACAAAAGGAGUUUCGUUUGUCGCUGUUUGAGUUCAAGUUCAUCUGAAGUGCAUUAUGGAGACUUGCGUGAUAGCCGUCGAGGAAAACCAAAACGAUAUCGUCAAGACACAUUCGUGUUUCGAGAGGACGUUUUCAUCAAUGACAGUGGACGAUGUGUAUGAAAUCGCUAAAUUGGUGGGGUCAGAAGUGGAGAAGCUCAUCGACAGCUAUGGGAAGUCGAGUGUGGAAGGACUGGUGUCUCACAUAGUGAAAGUGUUGGAGCUCUUGGAGAGUUUCGCGGCGAGAAAUCAAUCUCAUAAAUGUAAGGAAGAUGAGCUAUUGAAGGCCUUUGAGACGUUACAGUUACAGCAGCAGAAGAAACGACAUGUAAAGGAAUGCGAUGAGACCAGCAACAGCUUUGAGAGUCGGGACUGGUAUCAGAAAGAGAAGAAACUGAAGGAGACUGUAGAAGUGUUACAGUCCCAGGUGCAUCAGCUCAAGGAAGAGAACCAGGAGCUUCUGACCCGCUUACAAUGCACACACUCCAAAGAAGACCGCACACAGCGUCAGGAACGAGAAGUGAUGCUCAAGCUGAAGGAAGUGGUGGAUAAGCAGCGUGAUGAGUUGAGAGCGAAAGUUCAGGAGAUAUCCAGCAUGUCCAAGGAGGUGGAAGCGCUCCAGGAGCAGCAGGAGCGGCUAAUGAAGAUAAACGCAGAGCUCAGACACAAGCAGAAUAUCAUACAGACUCAGCUGAAGAGCGCAGUGGAGAGGAGGACCGACCUGGAGGCCGACCUGUGCGAGAAACAGAAAGAGAUAGAGCGCCUGAACUCACAACUAGAAACAGCCAGCGUGAAUACUGCUGCUGAAACGAGCAAUUCAGCCAUUGACCUCACAGAUAAGAUGAUCAUUGACUUGAAGGAUCCAAAUCGGCCAUGUUUUACCAAGCAGGAAGUACGGGAUAUGCUUUUUGAGAGGAACGAGUUGAAAGCCAAUCUCUUUCUGGUGAAAGAGGAGCUUGCAUAUUACCAAAGGGAAAUUCUGAAUGAUGAGAGAUGCCCAGGGUUCUUACUCGAUGCCGUGCGCUCUGCCAUAAAAAAGCAGAGGACUGUCAUAAAGUCUAAAAUGCUCGGUAUACCUGUUAGCGAAUGUAGCACAGAUGAGACAGACGGCCCUUUGUUUGAGAGGAGUGGAAAUGAAGACAUUGACACUGACAGCAGACCCCAGGACUCGCGCAUCAGAAACCUAUUUGGUUUCCUGACGCGGUCCAGUCUUACUAGGAGCUCCGGUUCCCAGCCCUCUGGCCUUCCGACAUCCAGCUCCACAUGGGAAAUCAUCGAUCCAGAUGAGCAGAGAGACGACACCCUCAGCUCCUCCUGAGAACCAUCCCAUCUGUCACUCAUUCUUACCUGGUUCAAAAUAUGUUCUUGAUCUCAUUUUGGUUUCAAACGAAGGAACGGACUGAAGAUUGUACUGAGAGAAAACAAUUUCUCUAUGUAUUUGGUUAUACAGAUAUGGUAUUUUUAUGGUUUUUGCCUAUGCAGUAAUUUCUACUUGUGGUAUAAAAAAAUAGUCAGCACUUAGCUUUUGUUAAGUUUACCUGAUAGCUAGGGUUGAGCCUGAUGGUCACUCAAAAGAAGACCUGAAGAUGAGUUUAGACUGUGUCAGUCACAUACAUAUUUUGUUGUUAGUUGUUUACACUUCUGUUCAUAAGUUUGGGGUCUAACAUUUUUUUAAAACUUUUUGAAAGAAGUCUCUUUAUGCGCAGCACAUCAAGGCUGCAUUUAUUUGAUCAAAAAUACAGUACAGUAAGAUUGUGAAAUAUGUGUGAAACUGUUUUCCAUUUUAAUAUAUAUUUUAAUAUGUAAUUUAUUUUUGUCUUGUCAAAGCUGAAUUUUCAGCAUCGUUACUCCAAUCUUCAGUGUCACAUGAUCCUUCAGAAAUCAUUCUAAUGUGCUGAUUUGGUGAACAAGAAACAAUCAAUAUUUAUCAAUGUUGAAAACUGUGCUUCUUAAUAAUUUUGUGGAAACUUUAAAAAAAAAAAAACAAUAAAACAUCUUUUAUUUGAAAUAGAUCUUUUGUAACAUUAUAAAUGUCUUUACUGAUCAAUUUAAUGCAUGCUUGCUGAAUAAAAGUAUUAAUUUCUUAAAAAACAAAAAACAAAACAAUCUUACUGACCCCAAACUUUUCAAUGGUAGUGUAUAUAUGGAUAAAGGUGAAGUGUAUAUUUUUUCACUUUUUCCUAUUCCAGUUUAAUAUGCUAAUACAACUGUAAGACAUUUGAUUGCUUUUCCAACGAGUGUAAACAAUGGCUUUGUGGCACUUUCAAAAUAUUGCUAUUUUAAGGCCCAACAUGUCCACUUCUGGCUCAACCAGUGGCAUGUGGUUAGGGCAGGGCUGCUUGUAAUAAGCUGUUUAGUGGGAAAUUGGCUUGGAAGGGAUGGUAGGAGGGUUUGGAAACAAUCAUUAUUCUUGUAAUUUCAUUUGGUGGUGCAUAAAUGACUGCAGACUGGUGCACUUAAAACCAUGGGAGAAAUCUGCAGUGUUUUGAUAAUCAUAAUACACCUGGCAUUAUAUUUUAGAUGUCUGGAUGGGAACCUACAGAGAAAUAUAGCAGCUAUUUUUAUAGAGAGUAUAUUUAAUAUGGAUAAAGAUACUGACAUUGUACUACCAAAGAUACUGACAUUGUAUUACCAUUGCUAUCAGAGAUAAUCACACUGACCCUUUUAUGUCACUAGGGGGCAUUAGAGUGUUUUGUAUUCAUGUUCUUCAAGUAUAUUUUUCUUAUAAAACAUUAGCUGUCCCUAAAAAGUAUCCAUUUUCUAUAAGGGUUCUAUAAGGAUUAUCAGCGUGUUUUUAACAUAUAAAUAUUUUAAUAUUUGCAUCUAAUAUGUGGUGUGGAGAUGUCCUCUAUUGUUAAAAAAUUGUCUGAUCUGUUAAAGGAUAGUUCUUUCAAAAAUGAAAAUCCUGUCAUAAUUUCCUUAGCUUCAUGUCAUUCCAAACUAGUUUGACUGUCUUCUGCAGAACACAAAAGAGUUUUAUAUGUUAAGAUAUGUUAAGACAUUUGAAGAAUGUUCAAACCAUCUUUUGGUUAUCAUUGACUUCCAUUGUAUGGACAAAAAAACACUAGAUAUUUCUCAAAACAUCUUCUUUUGUGUUCCACAGAAGUAAGUCAGUCAUAAUAGUUUGGUACAACAUGGGGGUGAGUAUGACAGAAUGUUAAUUUUUGGGUGAACAAUUUCUUUAACGAGUUGGCACUUUGCCCCUGUCAGCCAUUCAACUGAUCAGAUAUGGUGUGUUACUCAGCCUUUAUGUUAAAAAAAGAUGCAAAAAUGUGGACAUGAUUCAACUAUAAUUUGUAUGCGUCUUAAGGUGUUCCCUGAUUGAGAGGAAGUCUGUGUUUCCUCAGGAGGAAAUUAGAGAUAAUGGGUGCCCAUAUGUUUUAAAGGCCCUUAGCUGUCUGUGACUCAUCUGUUUAUCUUUGGACCUUUGGAAAUAAAAGUUAAUGAGUCCCAUAUUGACCUUUUACUAUGUAUUUUAUUUUUUUGCAAACAUGUUUGUUACUAGAAAGUGCUGUAAAGCUAAAUAAAAUCUUUAGGUGUUAUUGC